AUGCCGCCCAAGCCUGCUCUCACCAGCUCUUUUCUCGUGUCAACAGACGCAGAAAAUGAGGUAGUGUGUCCUCUCACAAACCAAGAUGGUUCACAAUGUCGGAAAAGGUGCAUUGGGGAGAAACGGUACCGGUCUAUGCAAGAACAUAUUCGACGCGCACACCCCGACUUCUACAUCCCAAAGUUGCCGGCGACCGAGGAAAGUUUCCAAUUAAUGAUCACGACUCCACCCUCACAACGACCACCACCGCAGCCUACCACUGCGACAGCCCCUACAAGGAAAUCCGAUGCCAGUGACCAUGCUCCUUACCCCACGGUCACGUCUGCCCUUACCGCAGCACCCACACUCCCUUUGCAACUUCCUGGCAGUGCCAACACCAAUGUUGCCCUAACACCCAUGCACCCUUGGGACUCUGAUUUUGAUGUGUUCCCAGAGUCAGACUAUAAACGAGAAGGUGGUCUCGAGUUGCCGUCCCUUCGUGCGGCGUUCCACGAGGACACGCUGGCUCCCUUCCCAGGCCCGCGGACACGAGAGUUGUUGCCGUCAAUUCUACAAUCCCCGGGUAGCCGAUAUUCGUCGUUACCGCCCAUCCAACGGCGCGACAAACUCCAGCGAGGGCCUAAAAGCUCUAUGGGGCAAAACGCGCGCAAGGGCAAGCACGAACGCGGAAAGUCAAGGGAGUUUUCGGCCAAAGAAUUCACCCGACGGCUGAGCGUCGAAGGGCGCAAAGCCAUGUCAGCCGAACCACCCACGGCAGCGUGGGUGCAAGGAAAGAGAUGGGAAGAUCUGAUCGAGGCUGCGACCAGCGCAACAGACGCUGAUGAUGAUCGUGAUCUCACUCCCGUAAGUCAGACGACAUUUUUCGAUUGUCCUCUGUUUACUUGCUGCUGCCAAGAGAUCGAGAUUCUGUAG